CGGCGACUUCACUCCUUCCGUUCCGCUUACCUGGGCUGGGCGGUGAGGGCGGAAGUGCUGGCGGGAGAGGCCCGGGCCGGCGCGGAGCCCCACCAUGGACUGCUACACGGCCAACUGGGACCCCCUGGGGGACGCCGCCUACUACCGGAAGCUUGAACUGUACACCAUGGACUGGAACCUGAGGGAGGGCUUGCGUGAAUGCCUGGUGGCUGCCGGUCCCUAUGGAGGUCCGAUAGCAUUGCUGAAAACCAGGAAAGAGAAAUCUCCCAGUUCUCGGCCACCACUUGAAAUCUAUUCUGCCUCUGGGGUCCUCUUGGCCAGCAUUCCGUGGAAGAACAGCCCGGCAGUGCAUCUUGGCUGGACGACCAGCGAAGAGCUGCUCUGCAUCCAGGAGGAUGGCUCGGUCCUCGUCUACAGCCUCUUCUGUGAGUUCAAGCGUCGCUUCAGCAUGGGCAAUGAGGUGCUACAGAACCACGUGUUGGAGGCCAAGGUGUUCCACACAGAGUAUGGCACAGGUGUGGCCAUCCUCACAGGGGCCCACAGGUUCAUCAUGGCUACCAACAUUGAAGACUUGAAGCUCCGGAGGCUGCCUGAAGUGCCAGGUCUUCAGAAGCCCCCCUCCUGCUGGGCCGUCCUGUGCCAAGACAGAGUGACCAUCCUCCUCCUCGCCAUCGGUCAAGACCUGUACCUUCUGGACAACACAGCCUGCUCCCCGGUGACCCUGCCCGGGCUCAGCCCGCAAGCCGGCUCCUACCUGCAGAUGGCUGUCUCCUUCAACUACCGCUACCUGGCGCUUUUCACUGACACUGGCUACAUCUGGAUGGGGAGGUCCCACUUAAAGGAAAAAUUGGGGGAGUUCACCUGCGAGUUCCGAGCCCCGCCGAAACAGAUGGUUUGGUGUACCCGGACCCGAAGCAAGCAACGUGCGGUAGUGAUGGCCUGGGACCGGCGCCUCAUUGUGGCUGGGAACUCGGAGCAGUGCAUUCAGUAUCCUCUGGAUGAGGACUCGUACCUUGUGCCAGAGCUUGAUGGCGUCCGGAUUUUCUCCCGUACCACCCAUGAAUUCCUCCACGAGAUUCCAGAAGCCAGCGAGGAGAUUUUCAGAAUUGCGUCCAUGGCACCAGGGGCAUUGCUACUGGAGGCGCAAAAGGAGUAUGAGAAAGAGAGCCAGAAAACCGAUGAAUAUCUGCGGGAGAUCAAGGACCAGAAUCUGCUCCCAGAGGCAGUCAGGCAGUGCAUUGAAGCGGCCAGCUACGAGCAGGAGCCAGAAAUCCAGAAAUCUCUCCUCCGGGCGGCUUCUUUUGGGAAAUGUUUCAUUGAGACGUUCUCCCCCGAGGCGUUUGUGAAGACAUGCCGGGACCUUCGGGUGCUCAACGCCAUCCGGGAUUACCAGAUUGGGAUCCCCCUCAGCUUCGAUCAAUACACACAGCUCACCAUUGAAGUCUUGCUGGACAGGCUGGUUCUGCGGAGACUUUACCCCAUCGCUAUCAAGAUUUGCGAGUACCUGCGUCUCUCCGAGUUCCAGGGCAUCAGCCGCAUCUUGGCUCACUGGGCCUGCUACAAAGUGCAGCAGAAAGACAUGUCCGAGGAAGAAGUGGCCCAGGCCAUCAACCAGAAGCUGGGCGACACCCCGGGCAUCUCGUACUCGGAGAUCGCUGCCCGGGCCUAUGAGUGUGGCCGGACAGAGCUGGCCAUUAAGCUGCUGGAGUAUGAGCCCCGAUCCGGGAAGCAGGUGCCCCUGCUGCUGAAGAUGAAGCGGAGUAAGCUGGCGCUGAGCAAAGCCAUUGAGAGCGGAGACACCGACCUGGUGUACACGGUCGUCUUGCACCUGAAGAACGAGCUCAACCGCGGCUCCUUCUUCAUGACCCUGCAGAACCAGCCGGUGGCUUUGAGCCUCUAUCGCCAGUUCUGCAAACACCAAGAGCUGGAUACGCUCAAAGAUCUCUAUAACCAAGAUGAUGACCACCAGGAACUCGGCAACUUCCACGUACGCUCCAGCUAUGUCAGUGAGAAGCGGAUCGAGGGGCGUGUGGGCAGUUUGCAGAAUGCAGCGGACGAAUAUUCUAAAGCCAAGAAUGAGUUUGCGGCCAAGGCCACUGAGGAUCAGAUCAAACUGCUCCGCCUGCAACGCCGCCUGCAGGACGACUUCGACAAGCCCUACUUGGACUAUUCCCUCCACGACACCGUCUACAACCUCAUCCUGGACGGGAACCAGAAGCGAGCCGAGCAGCUGUACCGCGACUUCAAGAUCCCCGAUAAACGGUUCUGGUGGCUGAAGAUCUCCGCUUUGGCCGAGCGAGAAGACUGGGAGGAGCUGGAGAAGUUCUCCAAGGGCAAGAAGUCGCCCAUUGGCUACCUGCCCUUUGUUGAGAUCUGUAUGAAGCACCACAACCGCUUUGAGGCCAAGAAGUUUGCCCCCCGCGUUGCCCCCGAGCAGAGGGUGAAGGCCUUCAUCCUGGUGGGGGAUCUGGACCAAGCUGCUGAAGCUGCCAUCGAGCGCAAAAACGAGGCCGAGAUGAACCUCGUCCUGUCCAAGUGCACUGCGACCACCGAAGCCACCGUUGCCGCCAAAGUCAACCAUGCCAAGGCACAGCUUGGGAAGAAGUGAAGCCCCCUCCCGGCUGGCGAGGCACGGCGGGCUCCCCUCUGGGCCAGCAGCGAAACCCAGGAGGUGGCUGGCUGUAGUGCCAGUAUUUGCUCCAGCGCAGACGUGAGCUGGGAUGCGAGUCCUUCUCCCAGAGCAGAGAGCAGGGGCUGGCUGCCGGGCUGGGGUGGGUUCUGUUCCAGCAGGGGGUUCUCCCGUCCCCGGACUCUCCUGCUCUGACUUUGCUGUUCAGGGAUGGCUGUCGGUGAGACGGGGGAGUUGCAAACUCACCCUCCUCCCUCCCCGCCACUUUCCAUUGCAUGGUUUGUGCUGCUGUCUUGGCAAGACCCCCACGGGUCAUGGCUUGCCUCUGCUCCAUCCCAGCUGCAGGGCAAGCAUUCAGCAUUGGGUCCUCUUUCCCCGCCACCCCUCUUUCUGGCGAGCACUGAUGGCAACCCCGCCCCCCCACCUCCCUGCUCCUGCUGCUCAUUUCUAUCCCCCCCCUCUCCCCACGAUGCAAUUGUUGGCUUCCCGGCCUUUCUCUAGGCCAGGGCUGCCCAGCCUGGGUCCCCAGAUGGACUCCAGUUCCCAUUAUGCUAUUGGCCACUGUGGAUGAUGGGAUUUGUAGUCCAGCAAGAGCUGGAGUGCCGAAGUUGUGCAGCCCUGCAUUACUUGGGGUCGGGGAGAGGAACUGUGUUGCCCUGCAAAGCAGGAACCGGUGAGGCCAGUGACUGCUUCUGGAGGCAGUAAAUCUGCUGGGUGUGUGGUGAGGAGGGGUGUGGGGAGGGGAGGGGAGCAGGGCUGAAGUGGGGUGCAUCUGUGUGGUGGCUGAGGGGGGCCACAAGUCAGAGGCCCAGACUCCUGUUUUCCCCCUUUUACAUGUUUACUGGUGGAUUUGUAAAGUGAGAGGAGGUUUGUGAAAGGGAAUAAAGAAGUCGCACCCCU